AUUCUCUUUAAACUUGAAAAAACUUCUUUCCGGUGAUGCUAUUGAAACAGGCAAUAACGCCAAUAUGCGUAAAAUCUUGAAAACAUUCCCAAAAGACGUUUUGUUCACUGCUUCUAAAGCUUCGAGAGCAUUCCGAAAAUGCUUGCCUGAAGUUCGCUGUUUCCACAUUUUCACCUCCCCAAGAAAGUUUUGUUCUGAACAGUCGAUCACUCUUUCAUAAAAAGAAAAUAUUUUUCGAGUUUUUUUAGCGUCAAAUUCGUACUUUGGGAAAAAUACACAAAAAAAAGCAAAAAAUGUAUCCUAUAAUAACUGAAUUUUCGCGAUGGAACUGCUAUAUUAAAAAUACGUUGAGUAAUAAAAAUUUUCGUAAAACUCCCCCAAAAAAAUUUCUGGAUCCGCCACUGUCGCUAAUGCAAGUUAUACAAACUCGGCUAUUUUUACGUGUUCAGCGAGGUCGACUGCCAAUCUAUUAUUGUAACCUGGAAAAAUUAAAAGCUGGAAAUCGUCAAUAACAACAGCCGAAGUAUCAAUAUCGAUUUAGUUAUAUGUGACCUUGUCUACGGAAAGGGGGCUUAGGUGUCAAAAAAUCAAUUUUCACUUUUUAGUUGAUUCGGAUGGAAGAAACGAGUUGUUUAUUUUUAACAGCUGUUUCCCAGAAAACUAGUUUUCGCACGUUUGCUCCCUUUUCGUAGACCAGGUCACAUAUUUUGUCUGAGAUUAUAGUCGAGGAUUAAUGUCUUGAGGAUUAAGCUAAGUAAUUGCCUUUGAUAGUUCGGCUUUCUGGUUCACUUCUGUUAGUUUUUUUGUUGAGUCACACUUCUUCAUUAGAGACUAGACCAGUUACUUGUAUAGUCGUGGGCAGCAAAGCAACAAAUUUAAAGUUUAUUAACUUUCAGGUUCUUAGGUUCUACUUAGAUCGUUUUAGAGACAUAAUGGAUUCCAAAUUCUGAAAAUUAGUAUUUGUAAAACACAAUUUGGGGUCUCUAUGUGACUGUUAAUAGUAGUAAACAAUAAUUAAGGCUAUAAAAACACAAGUAAGGAGGAACUAAGUUCGAACGUGACAAGGCUCAAAUUAAGUGAUUUAUCUUCAAAUUCGUGAUUCGACGAAAUUGUGGGGCCAAGUAUGCGCAAGACUAGGAGAAGGUCUAUACUCAAAACCCUGUAUUCACGAAAUUUUAUUAAGAUACAAUUUGACCCAUAUAUUCGGCAUAAAUCCACUAAAAAUAUGAAAGUCGGUGUAUAUAUUAUAAAAGAACUGAGGAAAUUAGUGGACCCCUUGUACAAUAUUAUAAGGGAAGAUUCCCACUGAAUUUCAAUAGUAUAGAUGAAAUGAGCGAAUUUAGUAUUUGUGAACAGUUUUAAUCCGAUUUCCUUCUUACUCAAGUUAUCACCAACAAACGGACAGGCGGAUGGGUGGACGGAUGUAUCGAUGAGCGAAUGAAAAGAUAAACAUAUGGAUUUCAACUCGUCUCGUCUAACUCCUUGAGUUUUAGGUGUUACAAACAACCGUUUGGUGAACAAAACUAUAAUACUCUGUGGAAGAUUUUAUGGGUUACUCAACAGGAUUUCUUAACAUUUGUUCUCAUAAAGAAUUCUCACACACCUCUAAGAAAAUAUCGUUCGUAAUAAUUAGAGACUUAAUAAUUAUUUACCAUUGUCUUGCAUCAAGAAAAUUAAGCGGAUGUGAUUGUAGGUUAUAAAAUAGCAAUUAAUUUUAAAGUAAAGGCCUCCACAUUUAACACAUUGACAUAAAUAAGUAGCUCACAAAUUUGCAUUUAUAAAAAAUUUAAAAUGCGAAAAACGCCCCUGCGGUUUGACAAAUGUCCGAGCAUAUAUAAAGGAAGUUUUUGUCGAAAUAGGAUCAAUCCUUCUUCGCGAAAUUUUCAAACUCGAUAAAUUUUGAGAAAAUUAUUUUUUUUUUAUAAAAUGAGCUUCUGUGAAGAAUUGUUUAACUGGAGUUUGGUGUUUAUGAAUCGCGCCGGCUACUUUGAUCGGCAUCGUCGCGCAAGUGUCUUACUCAUACCACCAAUAUCUCUAUGUGUUGCGGCAUUUUAUCGCACUUACAUCCUUAGGAAUGAUUUCGAUGAAGUUAUUGUUAAUUUGUUUAAAAUAUCCGGGGCUACUGUAACAACAAUGCGUGCUUUUGUUGUGAUGUACAAGUCACAGGCAUUCUUGGACUUUUUCGUUUUUGUUGAGAAGUGGUACGAGGAGCAACAGCGCGACGGUGAGGAGGUGACAUUAAGAAAAACACACGAAUUUACGCAAAAAAUUAGAAAGGCUGCAAAAACUCUUCUCAUCGUCACCAUGAUUAUUCUAUCUUACAUGGUCUUGAUACAGUUACUAGCAACUGUUGGUAUUGGAUAUCGAAAACUAAUCGUUGACGUCGCAUUCCCGGGUAUCGAUUUCUAUAUAAGCCCAAAUUGGGAGAUAAUGUCCUUUCUGCAGUGUUUAUAUGUUGCGCCAUUUACAUUCGUUUCCUACGUCUCCUAUUUAUGUUUGACUUUAAUAGCCAUUUCGUUUGGCAUUUUCUUGAUGAAAGAUCUGCAAUUCAAACUGGAAAAUAUGAACGAUAUGACCGAUCUAGAAGCUUUAAAUUGUAUUAAGAAGUGUGUUAAAGCUCAUGUUAUGAUUAUAAAAUAUCACAAUCACCUGGAAGCAUUAUUUUCGGUUGGAAGUUUUGCCGAUGUGUGCAUUUUCGGCAUCAUUCCUUGUGUCAUAAUCGUGCUUUCAACAAUGGAUCACGAUAUUUCAAUGUUGAUUGCAGAUAUUCAGAUGGCUGCUAUGGUUAUGACUUCGACAUUUAUCUUCUUUUGGGUUGCCAAUAAUUUCGUUAUCGAGAGUGAAAAUAUAGCUAACGCCGCCUAUAACUGCAAUUGGGUAGAUCGUAACAAGGAAUUUCGGAAAUACAUCCCACUAAUUAUCGGUAACAGUCAGAAGCAAUUGCAGCUCACUGCUGGCGGCAUAAAACCGAUUAAUAUGGAGUUUUUCCUGACCAUAGUGCGCUGCACUUACUCACUCUUCACCGUUCUAUUCACAAUGAAGACAGGAGGAGACUCUUAAAGUCGAAUAAGUAGAAAUGGAAGCAAAAAGUUCAAAUAGUAGGAGGGAAUGUAAUACAAGACAAGAUCGAAAACAUGCUAG